AUGCUGGCCGCCCUCUCUAAGCCUGCGCCCUCUAAGGGAUUGAGAGUUAUCAUCUAUGGUGGUGCUGGCUUCAUUGGAAGUCGUCUUGCCCUGUAUAUGCAUCAUAUUGGUUGUCAUGUUACUGUGGUUGAUCAUGACAAUUCGCAGAUCUUGGUUGCUCUGAAGGAGGCUGGCAUUGAGGAGAUAGUGUAUGCGAGCAGGGAUGACUGUGAUUAUGAGGCUCAGAACCAAGACAAAGAUGUUGCUAUUCUUAUGGCUGGCAAUCCGUCUGUCCGCUCCUGUUCGGAUGCUUUUGGUUCUAUUUCGAAUAGCGUCUAUAACUUGUCGCGCUUUCUAAGUGCUAAGCGUCCGGAAGGUCAAGUUGUGAUUUAUGCAAGUAGUUCUAGUGUGUACGGUGACACUACUGGUAUGGUCAAUGAGGAGUACAGCGAAUACAAGGGCCAUAACUAUUAUGAUAUCUGCAAGAAGUCUAUGGAUCUGGUAGCCCAGUAUUAUAUCAGCCAUAGAGGCUCUAAGGACAAGAUUUAUGGUGUCCGUAUGGGAACUGUGUGCGGAUGGUCGCUGAAUCUUCGCAGUGACGUUAUGGUGAAUGCUAUGGCAUAUUCCGCUCUCACUCGUAAGAAGGUUGGUAUCUUUGUGGAGCAUGUGCAUCGGCCAGUGUUGGCUCUUGAAGAUCUUUGCCGAGCUGUUGAAGCUCUCAUUGAGCACCGUCCUGAACCUGGUCUCUACAACCUCGCGAGUGUUCAACAUACAGUUUAUGAAUUUGGUAAGAAGGUGUCUGACUUCUUCAACGUCCCUCUCGUGCGUGAGCAGUUGGUUCCGGGUACUCAAGGCAACGAGAAGUUCACUAAGACGACUUACGACUUCUGCGUUUCGACUGACAAGUUCCUCAAAGCCAUUCCUUCGUUCAAGUUUGUCGCCACCGCUGAGAGCAUCUGCCAGGAAAUCAGGGACAACUGGGAAGACAUUGUCUUAGCUAGACCCCGGCUUGCUGAUCGAUACACUGAAAUUAGGACUGCCAAGGCCUUUGAGUGUACCGAGGUCACUGAAUGCCGUUGCUGUGGUCAGUCUGGUCUGAAGCUUGUACUCGACUUGGGUAGGCAGCCGCCUGCUAACAGCUUCCAUCCUGUUGAUGUAGAGGGUGUGAAGUCGUUCCCUCUCCAAGUGAAGGUCUGCGAGCAUUGUUGGCAUCUCCAGUUGGCUCAUAUCGUCAAUCCUGAUAUCCUCUUCCGUGACUAUGUCUACGUGUCGGGUACUUCUACUACCUUGGCUAAGUACUCGGAGUGGUUCGCUGAUAUGGUUACGAAGGAUGUUGGCAAGACUGGUGUUGUUCUCGACGUUGGCUGUAAUGACGGAACUUUACUCGACUACUUCAAGCAAGUCGGAUGGAAGACUGUUGGUGUUGAUCCAGCUGUGAAUCUUAUGGGUGAGGUGACUAUCAAGAAGGGCCAUCGUGCUAUCUGUGAUUAUUGGUCGCCUCAAGUUGCUAGACAGAUUGGUUUAGUCGAUGCUGUCACCGCGCAGAAUGUCUUCGCUCACGUUGCUAAGCCAGCUGAGUUCUUGGAAGCCUGUGCGGAGGUUAUGAACGACGAGUCGAGGCUCUACAUACAGACUAGUCAGGCCGAUAUUGUUGCUAAUGGAGAAUUUGAUACGAUCUAUCACGAGCAUCAAUCCUUCUUCUCUACGAAGUCGAUGGUUGUCUUGGCGGAGCGAUGUAACUUCACUGUCGUACGGGUGACUAAACCCGGGAUCCAUGGUACUUCUUAUAUCUUCUGUCUGAGGAAAGGUGUCAGGAUUGAAUUAGUCGAGGAUUCGGUUAGGAGUGAGCUCGCGAAGGAAGACGCCAGAGGUAUCUACAGCAUGGGCGCCUAUGAGUAUUUCGCUGACUUCGCAAAGAGUAGAGCAGAAGGGUUCCUUCGACGCCUUCGUGAGUGGUGGAUGGAAGGUCGCAAGGUCGUCGCCUACGGUGCUGCGGCUAAGGCCGUUGUGCUUCUCAACUUCGCCGGUGUCAGUAAUGAACUGGCUUACGUUGUUGAUGAUAACCCGAGGAAAGCUGGCCUUCAGGUCCCUGGUGUCAAGGGCUUGAUGGUUUAUGAUCCUAAGACAGCUCUGCAGAGUGAGAAGUCUGAUCUCACUGUGGUUGUAUUGGCUUGGAACUUCCUCGAUGAGAUCAAGAGUAGGGUGAAGGCUCUCAGACCUGAUGCUCACGAUGAAUUCCAUUCCAUCCUUGACAUGGCUGAGGCUUGCUAGAAUAUUAGAACGAGUUCCAUGAUAUGAUAGUUCCCUUCUAUUUUUGACGAUGCUGUCGCAGAUUAUUAUUUUUCUUAUCAGAUGAGUUGUAGUGGUUGCUGUUUCUUCUGCCCUUAACUUGUCAUUUGAUAACUGAUAGUAAAUGGUAUCUCAACU